CAUUACAUACCUUUCUGAGAGUUUUCCGCUUUUGUUUUCGAUGCUACGGAGCAAGGCUUGAAGGAAAAGCUAUGGUCUCGUCACGCUCUGUUCGUAGAGAUUUCUAGGGUUUCAAGUACAUAACUACAUAUUAAUAAGGUUCCUUCUAUGAUCAAUAGAGUAGAAAUUCUGUUGGAGUUUCCAUACGAAACUGUGAUUUCUGUGGUAAUCCGACGGAGUCGCUAAGUUAUUGGAACCUCUGAUAAUCUAAUUUGAGUUUGUUUUUAGUUUAAUCUGGUUAUGAGAUUGAAUAUGUGAAGAAGUUGGAUCAAUUUGACUGAAAUAGUUUGGUUUUCUGAGGAAUUUUUGGGGUAUCUUUUGAAAGUUGGAACUUGUACUUGUCAAAGAAAGGAAAAAUGAGAGAUUUAAUGGAGCUGCUGUUUUGGUAAAGUGAAGGAAUCGGACUGAAAUCUUUGACAGGAAUGGGGGGCUUCUUUUUGUGGGAUUCUGGUGCGGAUUUAGUGCUUUCAUGGGUUUUUAUAAGGUGUUUGUAAGAAGUUCCUUUGUUGAGUUCAUUAAUGGCGUGUUGAUGUCGUUGCAAAUGGAAGUUUCUGAAUCUGCUUCUCUUGUUUGUUUGAAGUGGGACAUGCGAAAGUGAAGUGCUUGGGUGGUAGAGGAAGAGCUGGAGUUCUGCAAGUUGAGUACAAGAUCAAGCUCUUCUUGUGGAUUCAGUUAAUGUUUUAGCUUUCUCAUCAGCAGCGAAGAAGAUGGGAUGUAUCGAAUUUAAAUAGUCAGGACGGGUUGUGGAUUUAUAUGGAAUUCAUAUAAUAAUUUUCAGUAUUUCGCAUUUGAGGGUUCUAGUUAAGAGAAUCAGAAAAUAGUAGAGAGCUGUGAUCGUGGGAUUUUAGGUUUGUGUUAUGGAGGAUAUAGGGCUGUUCAAGCAAGGAUGGAAGUGGUUGCAGUCACAGAAGCACGUUUUCUCAAAUACAAGGACUGCAGUGAGCUGUUUCGGAGACAAGAUUGUCUUUUUCGUCGAUCGCCAUUGGCCGAUGGUUUACAGUGGGUUUUUGAUGAUGGGGAAAUUUCUGAUGACAUUGUUGUUACAGUGGAAGGAUUGUAUCAUCCGGGGUUUUGGGUCUAUGAUCAGCCUGGGUCCUGUGGCAUUGCUUGUUAUAAUGUGGAGUUGCUUUCUUAGUUUGACAUCUAUUAAUUGCCUGGUAUAUGUACUCAUGAGUCUGGGAGCUGCUGGGGCUGCUGUUAGAUACUUAGGUUAUACCCCUGGACUUUUUAUUGUUGGGCUGUUUGGUAUUUUGACUCUGUGGAUGUAUGGUAAUUUUUGGAUAACAGGAAUGCUCUUUCUAGUAGCAGGUUAUUUGUUCUCCCUAAACCAUGCACGGAUCGUGGUCUUAAUGGCAACCGUAUAUGCCCUUUAUUGUGUUAAGGUUCGUGUUGGGUGGCUGGGGGCUUUUCUCUCGAUAAACCUUGCCUUCCUGUCAAAUGAUAUCUUCAAUUACUUGCUUCAAGGGUGUGACAAUGCAACUGAAGGCACACAUUUUGAAGAGAAAAAAGAAUCGGAGACAGUUACAGAGGAGGACUUCUCAGGAGCUGGUGAAUAUUCUGUUCCAACUAGCGAUGCUGAGAACUUUCAUGCAUUCAAAUCAUCCAGCAAACUUUCUACUACCACUUUGAAUUUUGUGAAUAGCCUGGGAGAAUGCUCUGCAAGCCAGGUGGUAAAAGCAGACACAACCUCACUGGAUGAGAUGAAGAGGAUAUUGAAUAGUGGGAAUCAUUAUGAAACACUGGGACUUCCUUCCUACAAGAUCGUUGAUGCUACUGUAUUGAAAAAGGAAUACAAGAAAAAGGCCAUGCUUGUACAUCCUGAUAAAAAUAUGGGAAGUCAUCUUGCAAGUGAAUCAUUCAAAAAACUUCAGGGUGCAUUCGAGGUUCUUUCAAAUUCUACGAAGAAGAGAGACUAUGAUGAUGAACUGAGGAAGGGGGAAUCAAGGAGUGUGUGUCAGAAGUCCCGCAGCACCUCACAGCCGUGGCAGGAUGGUAUGGAUUAUUGCUCUGAAGAGUCUAGACGUAUACAGUGCACAAAGUGUGGCUAUUCACAUAUAUGGAUAUGCACCAAUAGGACUAAGGCCAAAGCCAGAUGGUGUCAGGAUUGCUGUCAAUAUCAUCAAGCCAAGGAUGGAGAUGGAUGGGUUGAGGAUGGAUGUUCACCGUUCUUAGCAAGGCCACAGAAGGUCGAAAUACCAUGUGCCUAUGUUUGUGCAGAAAGUAAGAUCUUUGAUGUGUCGGAAUGGGCAUUUUGUCAGGGAAUGGAAUGUUGUAGGCCCAAUACCCAUUGGCCAAGCUUCCAUGUAAACAUGGUUGGGUUGGAGAAGGCAACACAGAGGUCCAGCUCAAGCAGAUUUUCUUGGGAUUUGGAUGCUGAGAUGAUGGAAGAAGACGAAGAAGAGUUUCAGAUAUGGCUUCAGCAGGCUGUGGCCUCAGGCCUCUUCUCAGAAACUCCCAAACGGAGAAAGAGCUGGAGCCCUUUCAAAUUACAUCCAAAGAAAGGGAAGAAACAAUGGCGGAGAUCUACAUGAAUUGCUGUACAAAAUAUAACUAGAGAUCAGUCUGUGCUAAGAUGUCAAAUUGAUCUUGUAUCUCAUCUUUCUUGCUGAAAGAUGAAAAAAAUGGGAGAGAUGCGUAGUGUUCAGUAUUCGGGUUAGGCAGAGAAAAUACAUCGAGUAACCUUUGCAGCCUCUUGUCUGUUGUAAAGUCACUCAGGAAGGGGUACAUAUCGCAAAGCUCUGCAAAUGAAAGUUUUUAUCCUCAGGCUCUGGUUGCCCUCAUGGUGCAGGAGUCAGGAACUCUCAUCACUGAGUAGUUGGGUUAGGUCUAGUUGUAGGACAAGUAGAGACAUUUAGCUGAAGGCAAGUCAGGAAAUCAAAUUAGUCCCUGAUCAGUCAGUCUGGAAGUUAAAAAGCAGUCUCCGUCUGUGCUUGAAACAGAGGGAAACAAUGAAACGAGCAUACCCUUGUAAAUUGAUCUGGGUGGCAUCCAUCUUUAUUACAUUCUCUGUUGUAAAAAUAAUUCUGGAUUCACGUAUGUAACAAAUGAUGCUUAUUGUCUGGUUUAGCUAGCAGGUUAUAAUUUGAUCUGGCAUUACACAGUAACUUGUUUGAGGUUAA